UGUGUUGACAGUGGUGGUUUCAGCAUUAACCGCGUUAUAGGAAAUGUGCUUUCGUCACUUUUUGUGUGUGUUUUCAGCGAGCUUUGCUUUUCUGUCCUGUUAUACGAUCACGACGGUGUUAAUGAUGACGGUCCUGAAUCUGUCCUUUGCUGCGUGUGGUUUCCUGGGGAUCUAUCACUUGGGUGCCAUGGAGGCCUUUCUCCGGCAUGGGCACAAGCUGCUGGGCUCCCUCGGGGCCUGUGCAGGUGCUUCUGCUGGGGCACUGGUGGCUGCUGUAAUGGUCACAGCUCCUGAAAAGUUGGAGCACUGCAAAGACUUCACCUACAGGUUUGCUGACGGCGUGAGGCAGCAGCGGUUUGGGGCCGUCACACCAGGAUACAACUUUAUGCUCACACUCCGGGAGGGGAUAGAAGAGAUUCUCCCCACAGAGGCUCACAGUCUGGCCACUGACCGCCUCUACGUCUCAAUAACACACUCAGAAAGUGGCACGAACCACAGCGUGUCGACGUUUACGUCCAGGGAGGAGCUCAUAAAGGUCCUGUUAGCCAGCUGCUUUGUCCCAGUCUAUGCUGGACUCAAACCAGUAGAGCUCAGAGGAAAGCACAUAACAGGUCCUCUUCAGAUGUGCUCUUACUGCUGGAAACCAGUGGAAACCCUGUUCCUUUGGUUCAGAAAUGGAUUGAUGGAGGAUUCACUGACAGCCUGCCGAUCCUGCCUGUGGGACGAACCAUCACGGUGUCACCCUUUGCUGGACGGCAGGAUGUGUGUCCGAUCCACAGGGGGCGGUUCAAAACUCAACUCAGCUUGGCCAACAUGAACAUAAUGCUUUCCGUGGAGAACCUCAAACGUCUGAAUCAGGCUCUGUUCCCUCCGUCCGCCGGCGCCAUGCGUUCGUUAUGUGAAGAAGGUUUCACGGACGCCGUGAGGUUCUUAAAGAGAGAGGGCUGGAUGGGCUGAGCGUCACACAUGGACAAACGGAGCGUGUGAAGCCUGGAGUGUCGUUUACCAAGAAGGAAUAAACAUUUUCUGUAUUUAUACGUACUUCCUGGGUGAUUUUACUCACCCAGGAAACAGACACAUGCUAGAAAAGUAGCUGCACCGAUGUUUGCAUGCAGUGAUGUUGAAGUGAUUCAGCCUUUGACUUGGUGCAUGUUUGGAAAGAUGUAACAUUGUGGGCUUCACUCAGAUUACUUUGGUCACACAGGCGUCCUCUCUGUGACACAUGUGAACCUGGACUUUUAUCUUAGUUUCUUUUCUUUUGACUUGAAGCAAAGUGAAAAAUAUCGGAUAUCCGUGACCCGCUUCACAGAAAGGUUUGUGCCGCCCUCGUGGAUGCCGGCGGCUCCCCCAGGACACGAGGCAGCACGAGUCUUUGAAGGGUUGGAUGUUUGUGCAGGUUUGACUGCUGCUGGGUCACCGUUUGAUUUCCUUCAGGAGCGACUUGGCGUGUGCGAGGCAGCAGUUACACACAUGCAGCAGACUGCAGAGGACAGGCUGGGAUCAGGAUAUUCCAGGAACCCUCAGUGGCAUUUCCAUCUUUUCUAUACAGUCUUUUUGGUGAACAGCAGUGUGAAGGCUGCGAUGGGGCUGUCGGUGCUGCUGAUCUUUAAAACCAGGAACUCCAUGUGUUCUGUUUUUUCAUGUCCUUUAAAUGCUGUUUGUUGUAAAAUGAGUGAUUUGAACGAGUAAACAAAGGAAUGUCAAAUAAUAAUGUUCUUGUCGUCGCUGUCAUUAUUCUCUCAGACCCGAGCCGGCUGUUGGGAUGUCUUCGCUCCCUUAUCGUCUCUUAUGUAGCACGUCUGUUCUGACAUGAUGCCGUAUGAAAUCCAUCAUAGAUACUGUGCAUACUGACGAAAGUGACAGGGAGCGCCGCAGCUUCAUUUUAGGCUCAAGACGUGCAGAAGUCCACCCAGGGAUGUGCAUCAUGAAGAGUCCUGAGUAGUACAGAACCUGAAUGUUGUAUCGUAGUCAGUUAAACAUUAUUAGUAACAGAGAUCUGUGAAGAUCUGCUGCAAACACAGAGGUCAUCCUACUGUCAUCAGUCAACUUUUAUUCUUACCUUUAACAACAAAGUCUUCAACACUAAUGUCAACAGACAAACAUGACCUGAGUGACCAGGACAGGCUUGAGUUUGUGUUUGAGUUCUUACUGAAACGAUUCAGGAUUGUUUUGCAUUUUAAACUUGUAACAUCUAAAUUUGAUUUACACACACAAACACACACACGUAUCCCACUUGUGCGUAUUGUGUUAUUAUGUAAGCUCACCUGCUGCUUGUGGUAAUAAGGCUCAUUUAAAGCUUCCGCCUGCGGCAAAGAAACCCCAGCUUGUGUUUUUCUCCCUAAUGUUGAGUCUCGUAAUGAACUACAGUAGGGGACUGCUGUGUGGACGGAGGCCAGCUGAAGCAGCUCAUUUGUUAGUGUAAUUAUUCAGCUGCUGACUUCAGUGUAUGGGACUGAAAAGCUGUUGUUCACACCUGCAAUGUGUUAUUUGUGUGAUAAGCCGUUCAGAUCCACUGGAAAGCAGAGAAUGCUUUUCAGCUCCUGGAAGUUUUUCAUCUGCGAGCUGCACUGUCCUCUGGUCCUAAACGAAUGCAGUGGAAACUGAUUCUACAAAGGCCCAAAGAGGACGGAGGUCUAGUAUUUAUGCAAUCCAGGAACAUCCGUGCCCUUUGUGCUGUUCUGUCCACAGUUAUUUGGGGAAAUGGGAUUCUGGGCUGUAACCACAAUACUGCAGUAGAAGCUCCCGCUGUGCCCCGGGGCUGCUGGGAGAUCCAGUCGGCAGAUAUGAUUGGUACCUUUGCACAGGCUAAUAAACAACUCCACAAGCUGCAAAGAUUUCUUUGUUACCCUCGCCUCCACACUGAAGAAAUAAGCAAAACAUAACGGCUAUUUCCUGAUUGUUUUCUACACUGUACUAUCUGAGCAUGAAGGAGCGUGACACGUAUUAAAGUAUAUGGCCUAAACUGAGGGCGAAUCAGCACGCGUGAUAGCCCACCUGUGUUCUCAACAGACGAGCUCUGAUGUGACUUACGGUCUGCAGUCCUCAUCAUAGUCAGCCUGUCCACGUUCCCUCAAAGCAAAGAGCUCACGUCACUGCUGAAACACACCAGGCUACAGGUCUGUUAGCGAUGCUGAGGGUUGAUUUUAUUAUUUUUUUUUGCAGGCAUUCAGACAGUGUAUCCAACUACAACAGGGCUGUAAACUCCAGGCCUCGAGGGCCGGUGUCCUGCAGGUUUUAGGUGUCACCCUGGGUCAGCACACCUUGACCAAAUGAUUAGUUCAUUACCAGGCCUCUGGAG